AAGUGACAUAUUGGUAAUUACAUUUUAUGCCAAACAAAACAAAGUUAACAAAUAGUAACAUUCCAUUCUAGUGGUUAUUUUUUUGGUCGAUAUUAGAAAAAACAUUUGUGUAAAUAAACCUCAAACUCAAGAACAUUUAACCUCAUCAAAGAGGUUAAAAAUUUAUGAUGGAUUUUACGGACAAAGUAGUGUUAAUAACUGGUGCAAGUUCCGGUAUUGGUGCAGCUGCAGCUAUUUAUUUCUCUAAACAGUCUGCAAAAUUAUCCUUGGUCGGCCGUAAGGAAAAUAAUUUAAGAAAAAUUGCUUUAUAUUGUGAAAAGUCUAAGGGCAAUAAACCUUUGGCAAUUACAGCUGAUCUUACCGACGACGGAGACAUAAAACGAGUUAUAGACGAAACUAUUGAUCAUUACGGAAAACUAGAUGUCCUUGUAAAUAACGCCGGUAUAAUUGGUAUGGGUGGAAUCAAGAAUACAACAAUGGAAACAUACGACAAUAUCAUGGCUACAAACUUGAGGUCUGUCUUUCAUUUGACUAUGCUAGCUACCCCCCAUUUGAUAGCAACCAAAGGCUGUAUAGUUAACACAUCUUGUAUUGCAAGUAAAAAGCCAAGUACUAUGUCACUUUGUUACAAUAUGUCGAAGGCAGCAUUGGACCAAUUUACCAAAUGCAUCGCUUUGGAGCUAGCACCAGACGGCGUAAGAGUUAACUCAAUCAACCCUGGCUUUGUUAAGACUAAUCUACUGAAAGAUAUAGGCUUGAGUGAAGAACAAUUGGAAUUAUUCAUAAAGAAUGUUGUUGGAAACAUGCCUCUAAAGAAAGCAGUGGAGAGUGAUGAAGUUGCUGCUUUGAUUGGCUUUUUAGCAAGCAAUAAUGCGAAGAGUAUAACUGGCUCCUGUUAUAUUGUUGAUGGAGGCAGUAUCCUACGUUAAAUUAAGUCAGUCAGCAUUAAUUUGUUCACUCGAAAAUAUGUAUAAUUUUAUUAGCUAUUACACAAUUGUAUCAUAUUUAGUAAUCUUAGGAAACAUUUGAAAAAUAGUGCCAGAAAUAUGUAAAUGUUCUUCAAUUCAAGUUACAAUAAAAAUCUAGUCAUGAACAAAUAUUUUAA